CCCAAGAGUACGACUGACCUGUAAAUAUCCGGAUAUCUGGAAAGCCUCCGAAAACUCAUGAAAUCACUGUGAGAGGGUCAAUUGAUACUGGGUGAAUAUGGCCUCGCUACUUUCUUCGAUCACGGGGCGGAAGACAGCUUCUUCACCGCAGAAAUCACCGUCGAAGGCAUCGUCUCGACCACCGCUUGUUGCUCGUGCUCUAUCACGGCGGACGACAUCGGGACUGUCUGAGACUCAAGAGCAGGACCGUGUUGUGCUUGACAUCGGCUGCCGGUACAUCCGGGCAGGGUUCAGUGGAGAGGCAACCCCAUUGGCCUCAGUACGCAUGGCGACAAAAGGCAUGAAAAGGCAUUGGGAAGGUGGACGGAAGACAUGCAAUCCUGUGUGUAUGCUUGAAGGGGAAGUUGGGACGCUAUGGGGACUGGAUGUACGGGAUUGCGACACGGGAGUGCUCGACGAUACACUGGAAUUGUACCUCCGGCAAAUAUACCAAAGAUACCUCCUCGUCGACAGCAAAACCAAGAAAGUCAUCCUGACCGAAUCACCGCUAACGCCAAUACACAUCAAAAUGGCAAUGGCACGAAUACUGUUCACCUACUUCCAAAUCCCCUCAAUAACCUUCAUAUCCUCGCCAACCGCAGCCUGCGUCGCUUCCGGCGUCCGUAACGGGUUUGUGAUAGAUAUCGGAUGGCAGCAGACUAUCAUUACCCCGGUCUACGAUUUGCGACCAUUGACACCGUUUAUCGUCCGUACAGGUAUAGCAGGUAAUCGUCUCCAUAGACGUGUCGAAUACCUCCUCCGAAACUAUGGGUUUCCCCCACUACCGCCAAACUCUCGAGCCGAAGACACUGAAGACUUCUGCCAACGCGGCUUAAUCUGCCUUCCCACGACACGAAUUCCGUCACCCAAAACCACCGCAGACGAAGAUUUCCGAUCAACAUAUGACAGCGAUACCCGUACCUCUGACGUCGAAUGGACUGCACCGACGACUGGAGAGCGCCACAUGAUUCCCGGCUGGAUCCGGGAUGCGGCGGUCGAGAUCUUCUUCGAGGGUGCGGAGGACGAGUAUCAGGAUAAUGAUGCGAGGUCACUACCCCAAGCCGUGACGCAUUCUCUCCGGAAAUGCUCGAGGGACAUUCGUGCGCAGGUUACGCGGAACGUCAUCCUCACAGGCGGCUGCUCCAAUAUCCCUGGUAUCCGUACCCGUAUCCGAUCCAUCGUCCAAUCCUCACUCUCCAAAAUAACUGGAUCGGCGGAUGCCGGGGAGAGGGUGAGGGUACUCGAGACUCCGAAUGAAGCGGCAUGGGUUGGUGCUAGUUUGUUGGGGAGUAUGCGGGUACAGGGAUUAUUUGAGAUUACGAGGGGUGAGUGGUAUGAGGGUGUUGGUGUGCCGGACUGGACGCAGUUUAGGGAGAUUGUGGGGGUGGAGGCGGAGGCGAAGGGAUGA